GUUGCGCUGGGCGCCGGGAGACGGAGAGAGCGAGAGAGAGAGUGCGGCCCGGACGGUGCUUAAGGAAGCGGGAAGUCCAGGGCGGAUAACCGGGGUAAACAGGGCCCCGGGUUUGUUGAAGGUGGGCUUAAAAAAUACAACAGCUCAUCAGUUCUGUUGAAGUUUACCGUGUGCAGUUGCCUUGCCCUGAAGUAGAUUUCCUCUUUGACUGCCCGCACCAUGGAAGGGGGUUCUUCUGUGCAAGCUAAUCAUGUUUUCCGGGGCAUUGAGUAUAUAGUGACAAUGAUGGUGACUGGAGACGUGUUAGAGGUGGAAGUCGAGGACCGAUUGACAUCUGAGCAGUGGCGAGGAGAAUUCGAGGCUGUUUAUAUUGAAGACGUCACUCACAAAACUGGCAACUUCAAACAGUUCUCAAUCUUUUGCAAUAUGUUGGAGUCAGCCAUCACAAAGAGCAGUGAAUCAGUGACUCUUGACCUGCUGACCUACGCUGACCUGGAGUUAUUGAGAAACCGGAAAGCUGGAGUUCCAAUGAGGCAUGUACCACCACCGAAAUCUGGAGCCCUCAAUGUUAAACGUUACCUUAUCCUCAUUUAUUCGGUGGAGUUUGACAGAAUACACUACCCACUGCCACUACCGUACGCAGGAAAGCCAGAUCCAGUCAUUCUCCAGAAGAUCAUUCGAGGCCUCAAAGAGGAACUGGCCACAGUGAGAUUGAAGCAUGGCAAGGACUUCCGUGACACAGAGCUCAGACGCUUGAGAGCAGAGUUUGAGAAGCUGCUGCAGGAGAAACAGGAGCUGGAAGUCAUGAUUCUGCAGCUGCAGGAGCAGAUGAAACUGUCUGGCACUGUGUCUGUGGCCAAAGAGGUAAAAAUACUCAAAAAGAUUAUUCAGAGCCUGGAGGAGGAGCUGAUGAAGGAGAAAACAAAAAAUCAGAGAGCAGCAAAUAAACGGAACCAAGAAUACCGGCAAGUCUUGGAUGAGCUGGAAGACGUAAAGGCUUCAGAACGGAAACUGAAGGUGCGAGUGAAGAACCUGACGACUGAGCUGAAUUUGUAUAAAAGGGGUCGCUUGACUCCAGUGGGACCCUCUCCACAAAACCGAUCAAAUUUAAAUCUCAGCUCCGGCCGCCGUUCUCAGACGAGGACAGACUCAGCCGGCAGAGUUCGGAAUGACAGUCAUUCGGCCUCGCGGGAAAGAAGCAAGCAGUGGUCAGGAUCCCGACCGAGGGAAACAUCCACAUCCAGAGAGAGAAGUCGCCAAUGGUCAUCGUUUCGAGAGAGGGAACGGUCUUCCUCUAGAGAGAGCCAGCAAGGAAAUCGUUGCCGUAUCCCCAGACUGUCGCCUUCCCCAGCAGGAACCAGACAACCCCUUUUUGAUCCCACUGCAUAUGUACACAACAAGGAACAGAAGCAGAAGGAGACAGAACAGAGAAAUUUGAGGAAGAUCUACAGGGGCAUGAACCUCCUGACCAGUGAGGAACGAGGAAGGCCGAAAUCCAAGAACUGCUCCCGUGAAGGCAGCGCCAGCAAAGUACAAACAGGCAGUCACAGCCGUGGACGGAGCUCUUCGGCUGAAUUUCACCGGAGCAGAUUCUCCUCGGCAAGCUCACUCAGUGAUUUUGAAGAUAGCAGAGGACAUGCCAAGUCCAGAUUGCAGAGAGGCAGAAAACCUAAACGGCCAUUGGGUUUGGCAUCCUGGAGCAGUCCAAACUUGCCUCAAAGGAAACCAAAAGCUAAGAAACGUUUAGCCAGCACCCCAACUAAACAAAACAAGGCAUCUGACAAAGCCCCACUGCUGGGUGCAAGAUUCCUGUUGGAGAGAAAGAAGAACCAGGCGAAGGAGCAGUCGGCCGUGCAGAUGUGGUGUGGAAACUACCUGACUCAGCAAGUGUGCAAGCAGAGGAACAAAAUAGUGUUUAUGUGUUUAGCGCAGCUCUGAUACCAAGUUGGAUUUCCAAAGAUGGAAUCGUCUAAAAGCCUUUCUUCCCCACUCCCUCCAGAAAAUUAUCUAGACUCGUGCGACCUUUCUGAAAUCGAUGCCAGGCUCAACGCGUUGCAGGAAUACAUGGAGAAGCUUGGUGCACGGACCGAGUGAGCCGAGGAGCAGAUCCUUCAGUCGGGUGCUGUAUGACAAACUGAGGGCACGGGAGGGGGACGGAGGGGUCUGGGUACGAGCGUGUGGACACAGACACAACAUGCCCCACCCAUGUAGCCCAGGUCAGAAUCAGCCAACCUGCAUGGGCUAAACAGGGCUUCCUUUUCCCGGCCUAGAUGGAAGAACUGAAUGAUUUGAUUUGUUCGCUGUAAAUAGGAUUUUCUUUUAAAAAUGAGAUAAGUUUCUGGACAGUUGGUGAGAGUUGCCACCUUUGUGUGACUGUUACACAAUUUGACAAACCUCGUGGCCAAAGGCAACCUGAACACUACAGAAUGCUUAACUGAAAUUAUCUUGUGUCUGGAGCUGGGUUUGAUCAGGUGUAACCAACUUCUAGCCAGUUGACUAUCCUGCUAGCUCCUCACUUGGGAGAUCACAACCAGUGGCUGGUGGAAAUGGGCUAGCAGAACUUGUAACAUGAGUACAGAUCAUGGUUCUCCCCAGUAUCCUGUACAAUAUUCAGAGAGCUGAGUAUGAAAUAACUGAGUGCUAGAUUCCCUGGUUGCAAUUCCUAUAUCAGACAAGCACAGACAAUCGAGCAUCACAGGACAGAAGACACAUGGCUGUUCAAUGAAUUAGAUGUUGCCUAGGAAAAGGGAGUCAGUCACUUAGCCCCUUGCUCCUGACUCAUCAUUCAUUAAGACCUUGUCUGAUCUGCAACUGAGCUCCGUAUGCCUUCCUUUGACCCAUAUCCAUGCCUUUCAUCCACAAAACUAUAAGUUUGAUUCAAAAUUAACAAUGGAUCUAGCCAGCCCUUGUUGCGUUCUCUGGAAGCGAGUUCCAAACUUCUUACUAUCAUUAUCACUUUCUUUGCCUAUUAUUUCAUGAUUUUCUCUCUCCUGCUGUCUGACCUUCUGUUUGUUCUACAGUCUCACCUACUGCCUACCUACAGCAUAAAACCCACCGCAUUUCUACCUUCUUUUUUGCUCUGAAGAGGAAUCGCACUCCACCCUCAAAUGUUGACUCUGUUUCUCUCUCCACAUGCUACCAGACCUGCUGAGUUUCUCUAGCACCUUGUUUUCAUUCCUGUCACGGUUCGUCUGCAGAAGUAUUUCAUAAUUCCACUCCUGAAAGGUCUGGAUACAGUGCCAUAAAAUACAACAGAAAGUGGGAAACUUUAUGAUGAUUUCAGUUAAUUCACAUAACAAGGUUAUUGUCAAGUAUGUGGGGAGGAGCAAAGUAGGCUGUUCACCCCUUCAAAUCUGCCCUGCCAUUCUGGAUCAUGGCUGAUAUACCUCAAAGCUAUUUUCCCACAUUACUCCAUAUGCCUUCAUAUCAUUAGUUUCUUGAAAUCUAUCGAUUUCUGUCUUAAGUGUCCAAGCCUCCCCAAUCUGUGGGGUCACUAAUUCCAAAGAUUCACCAUCCUGUGAGCAAAUAAAUUCCCCUUUUCUCCUUUUACUCUGAGACUAGCUAAGGGCCUGUCUCAAACAAGGGCACUCACUGAAACUCCUUUUCUGCGUCCACACAGUUGAGUUCUUUAAGAAUUUUGUAAGUUUCAGUGAGGUCACCUCUCUAAGCUCUGAAGAAUACAGGCCCAAUCUCCUUUUAUAAAUUACGACCAUUUGAUCAGAAUGAGUUUUUUUGUCCUUAUUUUAGCAUCAAAUUAUUUAAUGUUUCCAACAUUUUACCUUCUCCAUCUACAAGUUCAUUUUUGAAGAAUUCCAAAAUAUCACUUCAAAAUUUACCUGUAGCGGUUUCUACUGAUGCCUGUUAAGAGUGGAAUAAGAACACGAUUAGCCAUUUGGCCCCAUUCCAUAGGAUCGUGGCUAAUGCAACACUCACGACCACAUUCCUGCCCUACCCCCAUAACCCUCGAUUUCCCCUACUGAUCAAGAAUCUAUCUAUCUCAGCCUUAAAGCUGCAAUUUAAGUAAUAUUUGGCAUUUAGCCUUUUCUAUUCCUUUAAACUUUCUUUUGUGAUGCACUGAGAUUACAGGUCAAGAUUUUUUUGGUCAACCCAGACCUUUCACUCUUAAAAGAAUCAGGUGCAUGAUUUCUAAAGCGAAUUUGCCUGAAUGCUUUGUAUUUGUAGAUCAUGCAGCUUUCUCUUUGGUUCUGUUUCCUGUUUCAUCAAACCAAUUGCAUGGCAACAUUUGAGAAAUCUUUGCAGUUUUUAUCUUUGUCUGUGACUUUCAGAUGACUGUCCCCUGUGCUGCUUGUGUAAUGGUGACUGGAGAAUUGCAAACUGACCAGCUGCUGUGGAUUUUGACCUAAUUGGUUCAUGUCUUAUUUUUAAACUUGUGUUUUUAUUAAUUUUUUAAAAGUUAUUUUUGAGGUAAAUGCAGUGGCAGACUGGAUGUAAUUCAAGAGGUGGUGUCUUGUGAAAGCUGGUUCUGAAUUAUCAGCUCAGGGAGCAGGAGGAGGCCAUUUGGCCCCUUGUGCCUGCUCCACCAUACAGUAAGAUUGUGGCUGAUCUUAUCAAAGUCCUAAGUUCCACUUUCCUGCCUACCUCCUAAUCUAUGUUUUUAAAAAUCCAUCUAAGUCCGCCUUAAAUAAAUUCAGUGAUGUGGCCUUUGCUGUCUCUCUGGGAUGUGUUGAGGCCACCCCUGGGUGAGUAACACUUCUAACAGUGCCACAGCUUAUGCUGUGAUCUUUGUGACAAACACCACUAGUGCUCCUCUUUUUCCACUUCCAGUGGGUCAAUUCUGCUGUGUCGAUGCAAUGCUUCAGACUUUCUUCCUGAUUAGUUUAAGGGAUCCAUUUUUUAUUUUAAUUUUUCUGUUGGUUUGGGUUCAAGUGAGCUCAGUCCUAGUUAGUUGUCUUUGGUUUUGGUCACUAUUCGCUAAAACCUGCUGUCUAAGGUAGCAGGAGACUUUUGUCAUACUGUGCUGUUGAGUUUUACCUGUGCUGAGCUGAGCUGGACAGAGAGCUGUAACUCAUGUUAUACACAUGGACAACUCAGUCAUCUCCUUGCUGUCGCUCUCCUACAGCUUGAAACGGGGCACAGUAGUUCCAGUCUCGAAUUCAAAAACCAAAAAGGCUCCAAGACUGACAGCGCAGCUGACACACUUUUGACCAUUUGGUUUUAGAUACCUUUUGAUAUCAGAAUUGGAGUUCUGGCUGAUUUUCACCAAGGCAGCUUUAACCUUAGAGAAAGGAUCCUUUUGUACUUGAUGAGUGCAAGUAGUGCAGAGUUAGUCUAAAGCUGGCACAUUAGAGUAUGACAGGUGGAAGAUGUUUAUUUUAGUUGUAGAUUUAAUGACCCUGCCUGCAGUCGUAACUAAACUGCUUCUAAUUUCAAGCUCGGCAUUAAUUUCUGUAGCUAUUCCUUUAACCCAUCCCUGCCAUGGCACCAACACAAAGAAUGGUACAAGGACUUGGCAGACAGCUACAAUUUACUGUUGUCUUAAGUGUGUACUGUAGUUGACCCAACUGUUGCCAGUUGUAGCUUCAUUAUAUAUUCAAGUUUUAAACAAAUCACACUGUCAUCAAUAGAUUUUAUUUAUGAUUUUACAAUUGUUUUGUAAAUAAAUCUUUUAUUGAAGAUAA